AUGAGUGGAUCCGAUUACACAAGUCUCAACCAGACCCUCGUCUUUAACUCUGGGAGCCAGCAAAUGUGUGUGGACAUAGGCAUUCUGGAUGACUCUGUCACCGAACAGACAGAGGUGUUCUCUAUUAGCCUGGAGAGCGUGAGUGGAGAAGGAAUCUUCAACCAGUCGGCCAUGGUGUCCAUCCUGGAUGACGAUAUUGUGUUUGAAUUCACAAAUAUACCAUUUACGGGUGUGUACAUCUUGUCGGAGAGCUUUGGGUUUGGUGAGAUUUGUGUGGGGACAAUGGGAAUCCUGAGUCGUGAGGUCAUUGUCACACUAAACACAUCGGACGUGACUGCCACCAGUCCUGACGACUACACUUCAACCACAGUGGACCUUGUGUUCAGUAUGAGCACGACCCAGAUUUGCAUCAACAUAGCACUGGUGGAAGACCUGACUGUUGAGAGUGUGGAGGAAUUCAGUGUGAGACUGAGUUCAAGUGACCUAGCUGUCUCGUUUGCAAUGGAAGAGGCCCAAGUCUUCAUUAGUGAUGCAACCACUUUUGUACUGGGAUUUAUGCCAGUCGACUACAGAGUACAAGAGUCCAGUGGAUCUGUAGAAGUCUGCGUGGCUCAGACUUCAUCUCCUCCCGUCCAGUUUGCAAGAGAUGUCCCUCUCCUUUUCAACACCUUUAACGGCAUGGCUUCUGCUCCAAUGGAUUUCACUGCAGUGGUGAACGAAAUGGUUGACUUCCCCUCCACCAGUUGCCUCACAAUAACCAUCAUUGAUGAUGGUGUAGUUGAGCCUGACGAAUCAUUUACUGUGGCAGUGACCUCCAACGACCCAGCAGUCAUUCUGGGAGACGAUGUGGCUACAGUCACUAUCGCAGAUGUCGAGGCUCCAAUAGGAAUAGAGUUUCCACUUUAUGAAGUCGGAGAGGCUGAUGGUUUUCAGGAGGUGUGUGUCGUGGCCAACGGUGCACUGAGUCAGGAUGUACAGGUGGUUCUACGGUCGCAAGACAUCUCUGCUAAUGCUGGACCCAACGGUGACUAUGUGGCAGUUGAAAGUUUCCUUACUCUCAUGGCUGGUAGUAGCCCCAGGGCCUGUGUGAAUGUGGGAAUCACGAGCGACCUAGCUGACGAAAUAAACGAGAGGUUCAGGAUCAAUAUGGCCGUUGUCGGCAGUCUCUGGCCAACAUUUAGGACCACAACGGAAGUAGUCAUCAAUGAUGAUGAUGUGGUUCAGGUUGGCUUUGAUCCACAGGAGUACACUGCCACUGAGGGAUUAGAUGACACUGUCAGAGUGUGUGUCAGUCUUGACAGACCUCUGCAGAGGGACGGAGUUAUGGUCCAGGUCAGCACUGCUGAUGGGAGCGCUCAAGAUGCUGUUGACUACAUCAGCACCACCCAGACACUUGUGUUCAAUUCUGGUGACCUGGAGAUGUGUGUGGACAUAGUAAUAGUGGACGAUGAUCUGAGUGAGCAACCAGAGACUUUCUCCAUCAACCUCCAGAGUCUGUCGGGAGAACCACUCAGCAACUCCAUGGCCGGCGUGACGAUACUCAGCAACGAUGAAGGUUAG